ACCCGUUGUCAUCACUCUUGGUCGAGACUUGAAACCAAAACCAUGAAGACUACACUGGCAGUUUUGGGACUCGCACUGUUCGCUGUCUUGGCGGAAUGCAAGCCCGCGGAAGAGCCAGCAAAAAAUCUGUUGAGGGAACGCAUUCUGGAGAAACUUACUGAGCGAGGUCUGAAGAAGGGCGGGCGCCCAGCAGACGGUGAUGAAGGUCUUGAGAAGGGCGGGCGCCCAGCAGACGGUGAUGACGUCAAAGACAGGUGGCCCUACGGCUGGCUGGAAUUUGCUGGCCUUUACGCCAAGUGCGAGAGUGGUAAAAUACUGGUUGAACAGUGGGGAGAGUACCUACAAGCGGCUCUCGAAGCAGUUGACGUCGACGGCGAAGACUCGGUGCUGGCUAACGCAUGCCCCCAUGUUAUGGAGGCGGGUAGAAAGCUAGCGGAAGCCGACGAGGAAGGGAGGAAAGCCGCGGAAAAGUACUUAAAUUUGGGAUUUCCUCUCACGCAGUGCGCAAACCUGAUGGCCGACAAGGAGUCCCUGAGCCUGACCAUCCUUCUGUCUGGUGGGGACCCAGCGGAUAACGAGUUCCUGAAGGGAGCAGACGAACUGUUUGAGCUGUGUGACAAGGUGUUCGAGAAUGUUGAGGCCGAGCUUCGUGACGAGGAGGACGAGGCAGUUGAUGCCGCUGAGGGUGAUGGCAAGAGAGUCGUCAAGACGCUGCUCAACCACUUUAGGAAAUAGACUGGAAACCCGACCUGCUACCCCUACUACGACAGUGGACACUCCAAAAUGAAUACGUGAAAAAGAACAUUUUAAUGAUAAACGAUAUCUUCGACAAAUAUCUUUUAUGCACGCUGUUUGUGUGUUACUAUGAAAUAAAAUUGCAUCCUAA